CGCGGGGGUCGAGGGUUGGGGGUUUCAAUUGACUAGCCCAUAAAAUCCCUAGCCUGUAAAACACCACGAUAGCGUACGAAGAUGAUGGCUGUCAGAUAGCGUGAUCGGGCCGUAGUGGACAGGAGGGAGACUGGUACAUCAAGUACAACUGGUCAGCGGUAAUAUCAACAUUUGUUACGACAGAUUUGUUGUUCUUCGAAUUCCGCUCUACAUUUCUUUGAUCUUCCACUAAACAAGCUUCUUUCCAUGCUGAAUUCAGUAGAAUCUAUGGAUGUUGAGCCUGUAUUUGGCAGCCUAGAUAGAGAAGAGACAGCAGUUGAUCAGGCUACGGUGUUUUUGGAAGACGCUAUAAAAUAUCGGUCUAUUCAUCAUAAGAUUGACAAGAGGUCAUUACGAAUCUACCGUGUGUACUACAGCCGACUUGUCAGAUG